AUGAAGUAUGCCUCGGUCAUUGUUCCGCUCGUGCUUGUGGGCGUCUUGUUUCUCUUUGGGUGCAUCUGGGUUGCGACUCGGGGAGAAAAGGACGAUGGGGAUGAAGAGUCUGCGCUCGAGUCUCCAGAGCCGCGUCCGAGUACGUCCGAGUUGUGUCGAUACGAACAUGGAGCUAACACCGCCGCAGAGAUGAUAAAACCUGAUUUGGCGGUGCCUAUUCCCGCCCAUCCGACCAUAACGAUGGUCCACCACGCUACGAGCGAUAACACCUCGCCUCGUUUACUCGCACGCCCACCUCGUACCUCGUACCUCACACCCACCUCAUACCUUCCCCCGCCGUACAUCACAAGAUAUUCGUCUCGAAUCACAACCCGCAACUACGACUUGCUGCUCUCUCUCAUCUGUAUUGUUAUCGCAUUGCAACACACUCGGAUCGUUUUUCUAUUCCCGGUCGUCUGGGUUAAUUUUGGUCCAACGGUGCCGACUAGUGAUGGAUCUAUUCUCGGCUCACCGGACCCCCAUCACCUUCGUCACGCACGCACACCAGCCCAUCAACUAGGAUUGUUGCGAGAGGGGGAUAGAUUGGUUGCGUCCUUGUGA